UGAAAAUCAGGAAGAAAAGAGAGGAGUUUUGAGUUUUGUUAGAGCUUUGUUUUUAUUUUUCAGUAAAAAAAUAAUGCUGAUAUAUUGCAUGGUAUUGGGUCAGCUGCUUGUCAAACGUAAAAAAUCAACUGCAAUAUAUUUCUUUUCUUCUUUUUUCAGUUAAAAUCAGCUGCAAUAUCAUGAUUGAUUUUUUUUCUUUUGUCUUUCUGUGGAUGAGAAUAAUUGUGUAUAUACAUUUGUAGAAAUUUUUAAAUUAGAUAUAUUGAAAACAGAGGAAUUUUAUCGAAGUGUGUUGGUUAUGAAACUCUAGUGCGUUGGUUAUGAAACUGAGGUAUCUUUGUGAUGGAGUUCCUAACCUAACAGGUUUCUUAUCUUUUUCUUUUAAAUUGUGGAUUCAGUAAAUAGUUAGGGCUUAUUACUUAAUAAAAUGUCUCUAAUGAAAUAGGGUUUUUAAUUUCUUGUAAUUGAAUGGCCGAACUAUUCAAUUGUCCGUAAUGAUUUCAAUAAAUUUUGAAUGCUCAUAAAUUGGGAUGAAAAUUUUUCUCUAUACCCCGAUGCACAUAAAUCUUCUUAGAUUGACAUCGGUGUAGUAAGGAAUGGAUUGGAUCGUCAGAGAGUGAGCUGACAAAUAUUUAAUUUUUAAAUUAAUGCCUCUUGUUCUUGUCCGGCCAUAAUUGAUGUAAUAUUUUCUUGUCCAGCCAUAAUUGAUGUAAUAUUAUUGACAGCUAGUCUAAUGGAAAAUUGUCGUCCCCGAACCAUAUGAAUUAUGAGUUUUUGUCGUUCUGUAAUAACUGUGUAACGAUGUAACGAUGUUGGGUCAAUGCAGUCUAAUCCGGAUCAUGCACUGUUGAGUCCCAAAACUUGUUGACCAGAAUGACCCCCGUUUCUCCCACUGAGUAUAAACCGCUAUUUCAUGGCUAGAACUCAACCGAAAAAUGUCUUAGAUCUUCUCUCUCUUAACAGCCAUCUCAAACUGAAAAUCAAACGAAAAUACGCAUCGGAUUUUCUCUCUCUUAACACCCAUUUUAUACCAAACCUCGCAUCACAUUUUCUCUCUCUAAACAGCCAUUGCAUGGCGACCUUAGCAAUCCAAAUUCUUCAAAGCUCUCAGCUCACUGUCCAUGAACCUAUGCAAAGCUAUAGGAAAUGCACCACCAUGGAACAAGCCCUCCAAAUUCACGCUAUUCUCAUCAAAACUGGCCUGAAUUCUAACCCUCUCUACACCAGAGAGAUACUCAAAUUCAGCGCUGUUUCGCCUGAUUCGAACAUGGGUUUUGCUCGAUCAAUCUUCGACCAAAUUCAAAACCGAGAUGUGAUUUCAUACAACACAAUGAUUAGAGGUUAUUCGAGUAGAGAUUUACCUUUCGAGGCUCUUUCCCUCUAUAAUUUAAUGAAAGAGAGUGGAGUAGAUUGUGACCAUUACACAUUUCCAUUUGUUCUAAAGGCUUGUGCUCGUCUUUACUUGCUAAAGAAGGGUAUGGAGGUUCAUGGAUUCUGUGUAAAGCUUGGGCUUUCCUCAGAUAUUUUUGUACAGAAUGCUUUGGUACAUAUGUAUGGGAAUUGUGGCGAAGUUUUAAUGGCACAAAAAGUGUUUGAUGGAAUGGGUAAGAGAGAUGUUGUUUCUUGGUCUUCUGCGAUUGGAUGUUAUGUGAGAAAUGGACUUUGUAAUGAAGCAUUGGACUUGUUUCAGGCCAUGCAGAUUGAGAACAUGAGACCAGACGAGGUGACAAUGGUGAGCGUUGUGUCAGCCUGCACCAGUCUAGGGGCCCUGGAACUUGGAAAAUGGGUUCACCAUUAUCUUUCUAGAAAUGGGUUCGAGCUGACAGUAACAUUAGCCACUGCCUUAAUGGACAUGUAUGCAAAAUGUGGGUGCUUAGAGGGCUUGCUCAAAAUCUUUCACAAAAUGCCUCAAAGGAAUUUAUUAACUUGGACCUCUCUUAUAGGUGGUUUAGCCAUUAAUGGGCGAAGCCUUGAGGCCUUAACAGCUUAUGAAAGCAUGAAAGAAGCAGGGAUGAGGCCUGAUGAUAUCACACUAAUUGGAGUACUAUCAGCUUGUAGCCAUGGAGGCCUGGUUCAAGAGGGGUGGAGCCAUUUCCAUAGCAUAAAGCAAGAGUUCAAAAUGGAACCAAGAAUUGAGCACUAUGGGUGCAUGGUCGACCUUCUUGGGCGAGCCGGGCAAUUAGAAAAGGCUUAUCAAUUCAUUGAAAGCCUACCCAUCAAACCAAAUUCGAUAAUGUGGCGAACCUUGCUUGGAGCAUGUGCCAGUCAUGGAAACUUAGAGCUAGGUCGACUGGUUUCCAAUAGAAUUCUAGAGAUAGAAUUAGAUCACGAGGGUGACUAUGUCCUCCUCUCUAACAUAUACGGGGGGCUCGGCCGGUGGGCUGAUAAAGCAGGAGUGAGAAACUUGAUGAGAGAGAGAGGGAUUGAAAAGAGACCAGGGUGUAGUAUUGUAGAGGUUGAUGGUGUGAUCCAUGAGUUUGUUGCAGGGGAUGAAUCCCACCCAAGAUACAAGGAGAUCAAUGAAAUGGUGGCCAAUAUAAUGAAGAGGCUCAAGCUUGAAGGCUACGUGCCUGAUGUAUCUAAUGUGCUGUUCGAUAUAGAUAAUGAGGAGAAAGAGAAGGUUUUGAGUUAUCACGGUGAGAAAUUGGCAAUGGCUUUCAGUCUACUUAGCACAAGAAAUGGCGUCCCUAUUCGAAUAGUGAAGAAUCUGAGAAUAUGUAGAGACUGUCACAAUGUUAUGAAGCUUGUUUCAGAGAUGUUUGAUCGAGAAAUUAUUGUCAGAGAUCGGAAUCGAUUCCACCAUUUCAGAAAUAAGUCCUGUUCUUGUGGGGAUUAUUGGUGAGAGGAUGAUGAGUACUGUAUUCUCUGAAGGGAUUCUUAUGCUGGGUUAACAACCCAACCUAAAAUGACAUCCAAAGAGGUAAAAAGACUGGAAAUGGCUCCUUAUAUAAAAACCCGACUCGCUUGUGACCUCCUUAUAUAAAAACUCUCUACGUGCCCUCUCACUUUCUC